CUUUCCACUCCGCCGUAGCAGCGAUAAACAUUGACAAGCAGCUGUUUCUGCAUGUUAGUGCUCACGUGGAAGAUUUUCCAGCGCAGAUCAGUGUUGAAGAAGCAGCUCUUUUCUAACACCAGCAACAUCAUGGAGCCUGUCCUGAAAAUAAACCCAGGAGCGUCGAAGUGGGACAUCCGUCAGAGGGUUUGGGACUACAUAGAAGAAAAUAAUUUAGCCAACUUUCCAAGGCCUGUCCACAACAGAAUCCCAAACUUUAAGGGAGCUUUUGGAGCCUGCGGCAAAGUGGCAGAGUUGCAGGCUUUCGCCCAGACAACUGAGGUGAAGGUGGAUCCUGACAAACCUCUGGAGGGUGCUCGGUUCGCGGUGCUGCAGGCACAGAAAACCUUGUUGGUUCCAACUCCUCGUCUUCGCUCGGGUCUCUUCAAUAAGAUCACUCCUCCGCAGGGUGCCAACAAAGAACAGCUGCGUGUUUGCUCUUCUUCUCAGGGUGUGAAAGACUUCAGUGUUCCUGUUGGCCUGGAUGCAAAGAUGAAGGUCGACUUGGUGGUCGUUGGCUCUGUGGCAGUCUCUGAGAAAGGUUGUCGGAUUGGAAAGGGGGAAGGUUAUGCUGAUAUGGAGUGGGCCAUAAUGGCUUCAAUGGGAGCCGUGCAUGAAUCCACUGUGGUCGUUACUGUUGUCCAUGACUGCCAGGUGGUAGACAUUCCAGAGAAGCUCAUAGGAAGUCAUGACCUGACUGUCGAUUACAUCCUCACACCAACCAGAGUCAUUAACACAGAAUGCAAGCUGCCUAAACCACUGGGAAUCAUCUGGACUAAGUUGGAUGCAGAAAAGUUGGAGAAAAUUCCCGUCCUGAAGAAGGUGCGUGCUCUGGAGGAACAGGCUGGGAAGGAUGUGACUCUAGGGACACAGUCACACGCAGCAGAGGCUGGUCUGCAAAGUAAUCAACCAAAAAGACAACCUAGACGGAGGCCAAGGCGGAACACACAACAGGAUGCUGAGGGAGAAACCAGCCAGGAAUCCAGACGAGAGAAGAAAGGAGAGGGAGAACAGAAAGCCAGACAGCAGCCAGUUAGAGUCAGGAAAGAGAGCCGGGGAAGUGGAAAAGGAGAUGAGGAGGGAGAAGCUGGUAAAGUGGUGAAGGGUAGGAGCAGGAGGAUGGUGAAGGAGCAGGGCCCAGAGGAAGGUGGUGGUGAAGCGAUGAGCCAGCGGAAGCUCCCUCAAAGUGUGACCACAGUUUACCUGGGAGGAAUCCCUGCUGGGCUGCGUGUCAGCGAGCUGAAAGCCGCCCUCAGGGAGAGGAAGGCCGCUCCGCUGAGGCUGACCUGGCAGGGAGCUCAACACAGAGCCUUCCUGGACUACAACGACCCGCAGGUGGCAGACCAGGUCCUGGAGGCGCUGCAAGGUCUCUCUCUGAACGGUCACAGUCUGCAGGCCGAGCUGGCCAAGAGCCAGCGGGGACACAAGAGAUCCGGACAGGGACAAAAACCAUCCGUGGCUGCGAAGUCAAAAACAGCCCCGCCAGAUACUAAAAUUGUCACCGCCAAGGAAGCUGAGCAGUAACAGCAACAAGCUGUGCGCCACUAAAAAUAUCUUGAUAAUAAUGCACGUUUAAUACCUUUAGAAGUGUCGAGCUCUUUUCAUUUUUAUCAUUUCAUUUGGUACUUGAACUCAGUGUUCUUAGUAGUUUUCCAGCAAAAACUAGACUUAAGGUGUGAGGAAAUUAAACUUAGGGUCACUAUAAAACAUUUCCGGAAAUAUAUUUGUUGUAACAUUUGAAAAAAGCUUAAAAAUUCCCAGAUGUGCCUUGCCAUGUUUACACCCGACUCUUACUCCACGUGUUUGGAUGAUCUUCUUCCCUGAAGGUUUAUUUUGUGUAAUUUCUUUCUGCAGGCCAUGAUGUUUUUGGAGCUUUUUGAUCCAAUUUAAGGACAAGCUGAAGUUCUUUUUCAUAACCAAGGUUUGCCAGCUAUGACAAAGUUGUUUUUAGAUCUGCCAGUCUACUGGGGGAAAAAAAAACAAAAAACUAGACAUCGAAGUGUGUGCAAGGGCACCACCAUCUGGCAAGUUAAACGAUGUAACGGUAUUGAUAAAGGGGGCAUUAGACCUUACAGUAACAUUACAAAAAACCUUCUGUUUGUAAGAAAAUGUACAAGCACAUAAAGGCUAUAUCUUUAUUUUUUUUACUGGCAUUUUUUCAUUCUAUUUGCAUUUUUUUUUCCAUCAAAUUCUAAAAAACAAGGAGUGUUUAAUAUUUAACAUUGCAUUGCAAACCACAUGGAAAGUCAAACUUUUUUGUGCUAUAUUAGCUAAAAUUUGCAUACAUCUAGUCAGUUUAGAUAGCCCUAAUUGAUUUAAGAUCUUUUUUUUUUUCAUGUUCAUGUGUUUCUGUGUAAAUCUGAUGUGCUGAGGCAGGAUUUUGUUUGCUUCUGUUACAUAUUUGUUUUAAAAUAUUUUUUAAACAGAUAUUGGUCAUUUGAACUUUUUUUUUUACUGUGACACUGAUUGGAUCCUCUCUGUUUAAGCUGUUUGACAACUGUUAAAGCAUUUAGACAUAA